CUUAAACGAUCAAAAUUUCGUAUCUAACAAGACAAUCAUUGCAUGUAAGAUAAACGUCAACUGAAAACAACCUCUUUGUUACCGCAAAAAUAAGGAGACUUAACUGGAGUUGGUUUGAUGACGUCAAUAUAAUUUGUCUUCAAGCUUUCGCAAAAUUUGCUUGUCAUUCUCCAAUUUGGAUGCUCAUACUUUUUAUCCCCACCGUCCAAGCUGAAAUAUUCUUCUUUCCAUGCCAGUUAUUCUGUACAGAUGAUCUUCUGCAAUUAUUCUAAGCAACUAACACCCUUUCCCCUUUAUUUUAUAAUAAGGAAUGACUUCUAUAAAUUCCUGGUUUCAAUUCCUGCAAUAGCAUCAAGCAAGAAAUAGCUCUAAGAAAAACCAAAAAUCUGAUCAUUUGAAAAACAGAAAAAAGAAACACAAUGGCUUCAGCCAAAAUGCAAAAACCCACAAAUGAAGAACACAAAUUCUCAUAGAAGAUAUCAGAGGUAACUGCUUGGGGAAGCAGGAUGUUUGGGCACAAACAACAGGAACACCAAGCAGGGGCCAAACAUUGUAGUACAUGUCAGUAUCCGGCAUCUAAAGAUGUGAAGUCAACAUGUACUGAUACACACAAGAAAGAACAGCCAAAUACAGCAUUUGGCAAGGAAACGAAAUCUGGUACAUGCACAGAGACGAAGAAGAAAGAGAAGGAAGAGCAAAAGAAGGAAAAACAGCAUACGGCAAGUGUUCAAACAAAAGAUGUUAAACAGCCUGCUAAGAAGGAACCAUACGUGAAAAGUAAUGCAACUAAUGCAAGCAACACGAAGAGCAAAACAGAACUUAAGGAUGAACCAGCAAACCAUUGUUUUUCGAGCAUGGCAGAUCAUUGGAAGGAGAAGAUAUUGAUGAUGAAGAAGGCAAAGGAAGGCAAGAACAGAGAUAGCAGCAGCAGUGACAGUGAAAGUGAAGCUGAGUCCUGCGUGACGAAAAAGACGAACAAGGGACGAUUCAGAACAACCAAAACCACAUCCAAAUGAAGACUGUUGCAGGAUCAAAGAAAAAGACGAAAUUAAAAAUUUACUAAGCAUAGUGCUAUCCAAAUUCUAAAUUAUUCACUUGAAUCAUCAGUUU